AAUACUGACUCAGGUUACACAAGGAACGCAUAUAUAAAGGACAACAAAAGACCAAGUCUACAGAGUGCAGUGCCCCUUGGUUAGCGUUGAAAGAGGCCUGCCAAGACAUGAUCAAGAUCGCAAUCUUCGCUUUGCUCCUUUGCCUCGCAAGCUACUGCAAUGCUGCAUCUGUUAAUGAAGGAGCAUUGUCCCAGGAUGUAGCAGCAGAGAGUACCGCCGAACUCAGUAACUUGGAAGGACCUAGCGUGGAAGCAGCAGGAAAGGAGGACGCGGGAGUGGAAGCAGCAGUAGAGGAAGAUGCAACGCUAAAAGAACCAGUUGAGGAAGAUGCAGGAGAAGAUGAUGCAGGAGAGCAAGAUCCGGAAGAGGAAGACGCAGGAAAGGAAGACGCGGAAGUUGAGGACGCAGGAGAGGAAGAUGCAACGUCAAAAGAACCGGUGGAAGAAGAUGUAGAAGAUGAUGCAGGAGAGGAAGAUGCGGGAGAGGAAGACGCCGGAGAGAAUGAUGCGGGGGAGGGAGAUGUGGGAGAGGAAGACGCAGAAGGGGAGAACGCGGCAGCGGAGAAUGGAGUUGAAGAACCACAAGAGGAUGUCGCUCAAGAUGAAAAUGAAGAUAACGAUAUGACGGAAGAAGAUCCUAAUGAGCUCGUUGAAGCUGACAAAACAGAAGCAGACCCUAUAUUCGGGUCGAGAAGAAGAUCAUACGCGCGAAGGCGCAGAUCUUACGUAAGACGACGCAGAUCUUACUUAAGAAGACGCAGAUCCUACGUGAGAAGGCGCAGUAUACUCCUUGGAAGGCGCAGAUUCUACGUAAGAAGACGUAGAAUACUCCUUAGAAGAAGAAGAUCUUAUUUAAGAAGACGCAGAUCCUACAUGAGAAGGCGCAGUAUUCUUCUUGGAAGACGCAGGUCGUACGUAAGAAGACGAAGGAUACUCCUAAGAAGAAGAUCGUAUUUUAGAAGACGCAGCAUACUCUUGGGAAGACGCAGAUCAUACGUGAGAAGACGCAGAAUAUUCCUUGCAAGACGCAGAUCGUAUUUGAGAAGACGCAGAUCUUACAUCAGAAGACGCAGUAUAUUUCUUGCAAGGCGCAGAUCAUACGUGAGAAGACGCAGAAUAUUCCUUGCAAGACGCAGAUCGUAUUUGAGAAGACGCAGAUCUUACAUCAGAAGACGCAGUAUAUUUCUUGCAAGGCGCAGAUCUUACGUGAGAAGACGCAGAUCCUAUGUGAGAAGACGCAGAUCUUACGUAAGAAGACGCAGAGUAUAUGGAAAGAAGUAGAUUUCCAUUUACCUUAAAAACUCCAUUUAUAAAAGGAGAAAACUUUCUACUUAGAAUGAACGGUACUUGACUAUAUCUGAGAGUAUUAAUAAGAUAUGUGUAGCAGAAACAAUUCUUUCUGUUUUAUGCUAUAACGAUA